CUGAAGUUCGCUAAAAUUAUAGUUGGCAAAGUGAUCCACAUCCCACUGAAAACAAACAAGUAGCAUUUAAUCAAGAAAACGAAAUAUACAAUAAAAAUGGAGUCAAUUAACUUCAACGACUUCUCGCCGAAAGAGCGCUAUGAGAUAAUAAGAGCAUUCCUAAUCAAAAUGCGCAAAGCCAACUCGAUGCCAAGCGCGCAUCGCUUCUUCGAACAUUACCUUCGGACAUUCUACAAGUUUCCCGAUAUAGUGGUCAGCGAUAUUGCCUACUGCCAGCGGGCCAUGAAGACGUAUCUGGUGAUGCACCAGACAAUUUCACGCGUUUUCGACGAGCAAAAGGACGCCGAUCCCGUCAUCAAGAACACCUACUUGCACGAAAUUGAGGACAUACUGUGCGAGAUUAAUGCCGAGUGCCAGUAUAUGCUGAUGCGCCUUCAGGACGACAUAAAUCGCUUCUGUUUGGCAUUUGCCGAGCAUGAUCUGAAACCCAACGAUCAAGUGGUAAACGAUAUUAUCAGUGGGGCUAUCGUGCCGCUCGUGGUGGCUGAAAAGCUGGCGAUCACGCCGCAAUAUGUCGGGAAGCGACCGACAGUGGAGGCUCUGAUGCAGAAGUACUUCAUCGACACUACAAUGUCUACCCCAAAAUUGCCGCUGCAUGCCUACACGACCACAGUGGUUAAGGAGAGCCGCCUCAACCUACAGGCAGCGUUGGCCCGCGCGCGCAUCCCCCAGAUCGAGAAGAGCGCCGUCAAACAAGAGGGUCCAAAGGAAGAGUUUAUGCAGUCCGUCGGACUCAUCACCCACAUGGAGAGUCAACGCAUCAGACUGUCGCAAGUAGUUAAGAAAUCGAAACGCCCCUUAUUGCCGCCAAAACAGCAAUGAGAACCACAAAUUAUGUUCUCUAUUCGAAUGCUUGUUUCCAAAACAAAUCGCUGUAUAGAAUUACGUUUUAAUUUUAAAUGACGAAAAUACUCGGGAAGGUAUUUUUUUUUUAUUAUUUUUAUUGGUUUGUUAAGAAACCAUUUCCUUUAUUUGCGCCUCUGGCAGCUCA